CCUCCACCAGCUCAGACCUGCAGUCUGCAGACCGCAGGGGUGGUUUGGGCGCACGCUAGCCAGUGGUAGAGGAGCAGAUUCUUUCCUUUAUAUCUGCGCGCUUUAACUUUCCCUCCGCAUGAUCUGCGUCUCUCUCUCCCCCUCUUUCACUCUCUUUCCCCGUCACUAUCGCUCGCUCCGCCACUCGCCGGCGGUUUCAGAUGCGAGUAGGAAAGGCAAGCAAUCAAUCCAUGUCAAGCCGAGUAAUGCUCUUUCGGUCGCGGUCAUCGAAUUUGUUUUGUUCCGUUUUCACGCGGUUUUUUCUGCCACUGUGCCGAUUCUUCUCCCGAACGUUAGAGGGUUCGUGAGAUUUCGUUGAUGGUUUAGAAUUAAUAGUGGCAUGGUUCCUUGGUUUUUGGUCGGUCAAAUAAUAGCUUCAAUUGUUGUGGGAUACGAUUGAAUCAGCAUCGAGAGGCUGAAUAGAAGCACAAUGGAUUCUUGCUUUAUUUUUUGAUUGAUGCACUUGCUGCUUAACUAUUAGUAAGCGAAGGUAGGAAGGAUGUCACAAGCUGAAGAACUGCCUCCAGUUGCAAUGAAGCGGCCAGCACUUGCUCCGAAGGCUCUCAUACAUCAGAAGUUCGGUAAGCAAGCGUCCUACAGGAUUGAAGAGGUGACGCAGCCUGUUGAGAACAGUUGCCCUGGUUUGGCUUUGGCACAGCAGAUUCGGACUUUAUAUAGAUGCUAUUUGGAUCUUCCAGAGCUGUCUGUUAUUUCAGACCCAUUACCCAAAAAGAAGGACGCUGAACAUGCGGCUGCAAAAAUUGCUAUAGAGAAGUUAGGUAUUCAAUCAAAGGUAGACAAUGCUACUCCUCGGGAAGCAAUGGAUGAAUUAGUUGUACGAUUAACUGGUUUCUUUAAAGAUGAGUUCCUUUCUUCUUCUCAUCCCCUGGUUGGUCACAUCAAAGUUGCUCUUAGAAGAGUCGGUGAGCAUUUUGGUAUGAUACCAAUCUCUGCGAUUGCUGCAUGUGACACAAAAGUUAAUAAUCUGUGCAAAAUUAUCAAUCCAAAGGCUGAAUCAGAUCCUCUCUUGGUUUUGUCAUUGAUCUUGAGGGCUUGCAAAAUGUCUACAUCUAUCACUUGUGGUGAACUUUGGAUAUGGAAGCAAGGGUCUUAUCCUGCCCAUUUUCUUGGGCCAGAUAAGAAUCUUAUUUCAGUAUCAGCACAAAACACUUAUGUAGAAGCCCUUCUUAUUCCUUCCUUGCUUGAUAGAGAUGUUGAAACCUUGGCUCUAAAUUUUUCGAAUUGCCCAUAUUACAUGGAUGAAAUUGCACAAAAACUUCAUGUCAGCGAUCCAUCUCGUAUCGUAGCGUCACGCACUUUUGGAAAGGCUUCUUCAGAAAUGAGAUUAUAUUUCUCUGCUCCAGAUGCCCUCUCUUUUACUUCAGAUUCUUCGAUGGAAGUAUUCCCAAUGAUCGAAGGAAAUGUUAAUUUGGGCAAUAUCAUAAAUGAACGAGCUUCCUACUUAUCAGGGCAACAGAUUUAUGGAAAUGCAAUUAUGGCUAACGUUGGAUAUAUAUGGAAGUCCUCUGAUCUUUUUUAUGAAGACGUUACAUUGAAUACCUAUUACAGAAUGAUCCUUGGGAAGUUACCUGAUGGCCAUUAUAAGCUGGCCAGAGAGGCAAUACUUGGUGCAGAACUGCCUGCUGUAUACACUACUCGCGCAAACUGGAAGGGCCCAGCACCACGGGAUCUUCUUACUGUUUUCUGCCGCCAGCACCAGCUAUCAGAACCUCUUUUCUCUCUUAAAGCCCUAGACUGUACAGAUACUUUUGUAGGGUCCUGUGAAGUUAAAAAAAUUUCCAAAUUAUCAGGUUCGGUGAAUGAAGUUAGUAAGGUAAAUGGUGACAAUCUUGAUCCUCUCUGUCAAGAGUUGAGCAGUCCCACCAGUGCCUUCAAAUGUGAACUAACGAUAUUGUCGAAGAGUCGGGAUCCUGUGAUUAAGUGUUCGUUUAAUGAUAGUCGCAGAAAAGAAUGUGAUGCAAUUCAGAGUUCUGCCUUAAAGGUUCUUUCCUCUUUGAAUAAGUUCUUCAAGCAACCUGACAUGCCAAUUGAAAAGUUUUUAGAGUUUGAGCAUGGUCACAGCAUUGUUGUAUCCCAAAAAUUUAUUCAAGAACUUGUGAAAUAUCGAUUUAUAUAUGAUAUUGAAAGGGAAAAAAAAAUUUCAUUGUUGCAUAUAUUUUCGAAUCAGCAUGAGACACAGUAUGAGAACUGUAUUAGUUGUAAAAUUGAUGGCCCAGAUUCUGGCAUUUUCCCAUCUCCAGCUUCUUUAACUUGUAUAAGUUAUGUUGUUGUAUUAAAGAAGAAAGAUACAACUUUGAGGGAAGUUUUAGAAAGCAAAGAUGUAUUUGAGUUUGAGAUAGGUACCGGUGCUGUGAUUAGUGAACUUGAAUCAUGUGUUAGUCAGUUAACGGUUAAUCAGUCUGCAUGGUUUGUGGUGGAAGUGCCUUCGAGGGAUUUGAUCUUUUCUGCAGCUAAGCUUUUUAUGUUUUAAUCAUUUACGAUCUCAGACAACUGUUUCUUGGAAUACUCUGUAAAGUUAUUGCAUGUGACGGAACCUUUAGAGGACAGAAUUGAGCAGGCUUUAUUUAGUCCUCCUUUAUCUAAACAGAGAGUUGAGUUUGCAGUGGGUUUUAUCAAUCAGUUGCAUGCUACCAGCUUGGUGGAUUUUGGAUGUGGAUCAGGCAGCCUACUGGAUUCUCUAUUGGAUCAUACUACUAAUUUAGAAAAGAUAGUAGGUGUAGAUAUAUCACUCAAAAGCCUUAUUCGUGCUGCAAAGAUUUUACAUUUGAAAUUGAGUGCAAAUCCUUCGAGGCAAAAAGGCAUAAGAUCUACUAUACUAUAUGAUGGAUCAAUUACCGACUUUGAUUCUCGCUUGUGCGAGUUUGACAUUGGUACUUGUUUAGAGGUCAUUGAGCACAUGGAAGAGGAUCAAGCUUGUUUGUUUGGUGACGUAGUUCUAAGCCUUUUCUGCCCAUCAGUGCUUAUUGUCUCCACACCCAACUAUGAAUAUAACCCAAUUCUACAGAGAUCCUCAAUGCCAAGCGGGGAGGAUUCAGAAGACAAAUCCACAUCCAGUAAGUUUCGGAAUCUUGAUCACAAGUUCGAGUGGACAAGACAUCAAUUUCAGCACUGGGCCAACGAUCUUGCAGCGAAACACCAUUAUAGUGUUGAGUUUAGUGGUGUUGGGGGCUCGGCUGAUGUUGAACCAGGCUUCGCAUCUCAAAUUGCGGUUUUCAAAAGAACUUCAAAUCUAUUAGAGAAGCAAUGCUUGAGAACUGAGCUUUCUGUGCCCUAUAAAGUCAUUUGGGAAUGGAAUGCUGAUUCUGCUUCUCUUUGAGAUUCUGAUAGGCUUUAUGCUAAUUACUAAAUGUGGCAAACAACAAACAAUUUUUUAGAUUAUCUAGCUUAGAAUACCGGCUCCCUUAUUUGAAGAGUCAUACAUAUUUUCUCUCAUCAAUGAAUCCCCUUUAGAAGUUUUAUUUUGAUAAUUAAUUGAUUCCCUAGUAUAUUCUGAGGAAAUUGUUUCGGUCAACUAUCAUUACGAAUGAUUAUUAUUUUGACCUUAUGGUUGUCUACUGAAAAUGCUCCUUGUUUGGUUAUGGUAUCUGGCAUUUUAGUUGGAUCUUCUCAAAGUUAGGUAGGAUAAGGGUUGCUGCUCCUAUGAACCAAACUGUUAGGUAUGACUCAUAUAC